GUCGAGUAAUUCGGCGCUGAAAAGGAAGAAGUAGCAGUGAUAACCUCAGCUGCAGUAGCAAGGGGAACUACAGCACUAUAAACUACAACAGCGUCUACCUAGUUGCUUUGCUUUCGAGCAUCGUGACACAGCACAGAGUUUGGAACAUGGCCGAUAAAGAGGUGUAUGAUGACGCAGUGGAAGAAAGGGUCAUCAAUGAGGAGUACAAGAUUUGGAAGAAAAACACACCUUUCCUGUACGACCUGGUGAUGACCCAUGCACUGGAGUGGCCCAGCCUUACUGUCCAGUGGCUUCCAGAUGUCAGCAGGCCUGAGGGGAAGGACUACACCAUUCACAGACUGGUUUUGGGGACUCAUACAUCAGAUGAGCAGAAUCACCUUGUGAUUGCCAGUGUUCAGGUACCAAAUGAUGAUGCCCAGUUUGACGCGUCGCACGACAGUGAGAAAGGAGAGUUCGGUGGAUUUGGCUCAGUAAGUGGAAAGAUAGAGAUUGAGAUCAAGAUCAACCACGAGGGAGAGGUAAACCGAGCCCGCUUCAUGCCCCAGAAUCACUGCAUCAUUGCCACUAAGACUCCCACCUCCGACGUUUUGGUCUUCGACUACAAUAAGCACCCGUCUAAGCCAGAUCCCAGUGGGGAGUGUAGUCCUGACUUGAGGCUGAAAGGCCACCAGAAAGAAGGGUAUGGCCUUUCCUGGAAUCCCAACCUCAGCGGCAACCUACUCAGUGCCUCAGAUGACCAUACCAUUUGUCUAUGGGACAUCGGAGCCGGCCCAAAGGAAGGAAAGAUUGUGGAUGCUAAGACCAUCUUCACCGGCCACACAGCAGUGGUGGAAGAUGUUUCCUGGCAUUUGCUCCACGAAUCUCUGUUUGGCUCAGUGGCUGACGACCAGAAACUCAUGAUAUGGGACACUCGGUCCAACAACACAUCCAAAGCCAGCCACUCAGUAGACGCUCACACUGCUGAAGUUAACUGUCUGAGCUUCAACCCCUACAGCGAGUUCAUUCUUGCCACUGGUUCUGCUGAUAAGACUGUUGCACUGUGGGAUCUAAGGAACCUCAAACUGAAGCUCCACUCCUUUGAGUCCCACAAAGAUGAAAUUUUCCAGGUACAAUGGUCUCCUCACAAUGAGACGAUCCUGGCCUCCAGCGGCACCGACCGACGUCUCAAUGUCUGGGAUCUCAGUAAAAUUGGGGAGGAGCAGUCGGCAGAGGACGCUGAGGAUGGCCCGCCAGAGCUGCUGUUCAUCCACGGUGGCCACACAGCCAAGAUCUCUGACUUCUCCUGGAACCCCAAUGAACCCUGGGUCAUCUGCUCCGUGUCCGAGGACAACAUCAUGCAAGUCUGGCAGAUGGCGGAGAAUAUCUACAAUGAUGAGGAGCCAGACAACACCCCUGCAUCAGAGCUGGAGGCUCAGGGAUCAUAACCCAGCUGGGCCGAGUUUCUCUCCAGGCACAUCCCCUCCUCCACUCCCUGAGCUCCAGACCGGCCUGUCCUUUCUCUCUCCAGCUUAUCGAGUGCAAAAUGAAAAGUCUGCUCUCCACACGAAUGAACAAUGUGGAGCGUUGGA